AUGAAGUGUUUUUACUUCUCCAAUAGAGAGAAAAAUGAAGAACCAAAGACUGUAACAAAAUCUGCUUCUGUCCAAUCCACUUCGUCUACUUCAAUGUCGAUGUCAACUGAUCGUGACCUGAGGAAAUCUGGAUCUGAGCUCAAUUCUCAGAAUGCAUCAGAUUUUAGCACAGAAUCGUCCAGAAAGAACUCUUUUGCGAACUCGUUUGCUGGUUUGUCUCAAAGACAGAGCAAUCUUAGAGCCUUCACAUUCUCAGAACUGAAGACGGCAACAAAGAAUUUCAGCCGCUCUCUCAUGGUUGGGGAGGGUGGAUUUGGUGGCGUGUAUAGGGGAGUAAUACGGAGCGUGGAAGAUUCAAGUAAGAAGAUCGAUAUCGCUGUCAAACAACUGAGCAGAAGAGGGCUCCAGGGGCACAAGGAAUGGGUGACUGAGGUAAAUGUUCUAGGGAUUGCUGAACAUCCAAAUCUUGUCAAAUUAGUGGGUUACUGUGCUGAGGACGAUGAACGGGGAAUCCAGCGCCUUCUAGUAUAUGAAUUUAUGCCCAACAGAAGUGUGCAGGAUCACUUGUCAAAUAAAUUUCAGAAAGUUCUUCCUUGGGCCACAAGAGUAAAAAUUGCCCAGGAUGCUGCUCGAGGCUUAGCAUACCUCCACGAAGGAAUGGAUUUUCAGCUAUCAGACUUUGGGUUGGCCAGACUGGGGCCUUCAGAUGGGUUGAGCCAUGUUUCAACUGCGGUGGUGGGAACCAUAGGAUAUGCAGCUCCUGAAUAUAUUCGAACUGGGCAUCUCACGUCUAAAAGUGAUGUGUGGGGCUUCGGGGUUUUUCUCUACGAACUGAUAACAGGUAGACGUCCUUUGGAUCGGAACCGACCAAAGAAUGAACAAAAACUCUUGGAAUGGGUCAGGCCGCACCUCUCUGAUGUAAGAAAGUUCAGGUUGCUCUUGGACCCAAGGCUCGAGGGAAAAUAUAACAUCAAGGCUGCCCAAAAGCUUGCUGCUGUAGCAAACCGGUGCUUGGUACGGCAGGCUAAAACACGCCCCAAAAUGAGCGAAAUCAUGGACAUGAUCGACAAGAUUGUUGAUACAUUAGACAAUGGAAGUCCGUUACUCCCUAUGAAGAGUUUGGCCCCAGAAGAUGCUCCUGAUAUAUCUAUGAAAAGGAGGUUUGUGGAUUCAAUUAUUGGAGAUCAGAAAGGAUGUUGGUCGGCGUGGAGAACAUGGAGACCUAAGCUACUGAGGGCGCGCUGA